AUGCCAGUCCCAAACACCCCUCCAAUUCUCUCAGAAAAAGCUAUUGAAUCACUCAAGAAAGUCAUUGACCAAUCAGUGCAAAACCCAAAGAAAGAUAUCCCUGGUGUUUCUGUUGCAAUUACAAAUUCAAAAGGUGAUGAUUUAUUCUCUUAUGCCAAAGGGGUCACUGGUGCUGAUAACACUGAUGAAAUUACAACCGACUCAAUCUUUUGGAUUGCAAGUUGUACUAAACUUUUAGCUUCUAUUGCACUCAUGCAAUUGGUUGAACAAGGAAAAGUUGAUUUGGACUCUUCUGAACAAAUUGAAAAAUACAUUCCUGAACUAACAAGAUUACCUAUUGUUUCACACGAUAAUGAAGAUGGAUUGAAUUUGAAACCAAGAAAGAAUAAGAUCACUUUAAGACAUUUGUUAUCUCAUACUUCUGGUUUAGGUUAUUCAUUCUUUAGUGACAUUUUGAAAAAAUAUGCCAAUUUCUUUCAUGUUGAUGAAUUUGAUGUUUCAAGUGAACGUGAAUUGCUGUUGCCAUUACUAUUUGAACCAGGAACUAAUUGGUCUUAUGGUGUUGGUAUUGAUUGGGCCGGUGUCUUAUUGCAAAGAGUUACUGGUCAAACAUUGAAUGACUAUAUUGUUGAACACAUUUUAGAUCCAUUAGGCGUUGAAGAAACCGGUAUGGAACCUGAAGAAACUUUGAGAAAGAAAUUUGUUCAAAUGAAUGUUCGUGACAAGAAUGGUGAAUUAUCAACAACUGAUCAUAUUUACAAGAAAGUUUUGAAAGGUGAUUAUCAAACUUUAUUUCAUUCAGGUGGUGCUGGUGUUUUUUCAAAGCCAAAAGAAUAUAUCAAAGUUUUAGCUACAAUUUUGAAUGAUGGUGUUUCUCCAAAGACUGGUAAGCAGAUCUUGAAAAAGGAAACCAUUGACUUGAUGUUUUCCAAUCAAAUUGAAAAAUUCCCAAACUUUGGUCGUGCUGGUAUUAAGAGUUCAGAUGAUUUUUUAACUAAUUCUAUUGCUGAUAUUUAUCCACAAGGAGAUUUACCACAAGGCUGGGGUCUUUCAAUGUUUUUGAACCUUCACGAAACCUCUACAGGUCGUGGUAAUAAUUCAGGUUGGUGGUGUGGUUUAGCCAACUUGUUUUGGUGGAUUGAUAGAGAACAUGAUAUUGCAGGAUUUGUUGGUGCUCAAAUUUUACCAUUUGCUGAUAUUAAAGUCAUGACGCUUUGGGCCCAAGUUGAACAAGAGAUCUAUAAAGACCUUGGUAAAAUCUGA